AUGCAUUUUAAGUUUUACUUGUUCUUUGCUGUGUCCGUUAUAUGCAUGUAUAACGUGAAAGCAAUGCCGAGGGAUAGCAGCGUGUUGAAAACAGAUGCUGUAUCUGGAAUUCCGGAAACAAAUUUACUAAAAGACAAAGAGCCUACUAAGGAAAGUGUAGUCACUAUACCAGGCCAGGUUCUAUGCAAGUAUGAUAAAGGAUCCGAAGAACCAUCAGAGGACGUGGUCUGCCAGGAACAUUGCUUACCCAAAGGUUACUCGUACGGGAUUUGUGUCAGUGGAAAAUGUAGUUGUAUUUAG